AAUAAUAUUUAACCAUAAAUGUGGCAGGAUUAUGGCAUCAAAUUUUAAAUCCUCCAUUCAGAGGGGCUGUGAUUUCAUCCAUGAUUUUGCCUGUUCCCUUUGCGAAGAAGAUGGACUGAACACGGAAGCUCAACAUUUCUGUAAUCAGUGCACGAAAUAUUACUGCGUAAACUGUGUCUCAACUCACAAUAAGCUAUACAAGAGGCACACAGUGCUCGACCGGAAGGACGUGAAGAAAUGGGCAGCACCACCAGGGAUGGUGGACGUCCUUGAGAGAUGCGAGAGGCACCCCGGGGAGGCGCUCAAGCUGGUAUGUGGUGACCAUGACCAGCUGUGUUGCCAUGUGUGCGUUGCCGUGGAUCAUAGACACUGUUCAUCAAUACAGCACAUUCCAGACGUUGCAAAGGGCAUCCGCAAAGAUCCCGAGUUUCGUCAACUACCUAAACGGGUACUUUUUAUUAGGAAGCAGAUAGAAGAUAUGGAAAACGACAGAAAGAAAAAUAGUUCCUCACUGCGGAAGGCUAGAACAGCCUUUGUUGAUGAAAUCAAAGCAAUCCGUAGAAAAAUCAACGACAUUCUUGACAAGAUGGAGAAAACGACCGUUCAAGAAUUAGACGGUCUGGUGGCUGAUCAGGAACUGUCCAUUAAGAAAGAUAUGGAAUCCUGCACACAGAUGCAUGAGGAAUUAAAAAGCUUAAUGGAUUACAUACAGAGCAAGGACUCAUCAGGCGAACCACCCCUAUAUAUUGGGUUCAGAAAAUGUAAAGAAAAAAUCAAAAAAGCAACCGAAAUUCUGCAAAACAUGUCAACUGUUGUCAAAUACGAUAUAACUUUUCGUAAACAUAAUGGAAUAGAAGAUAAUUUGUCCUCGAUGAAGACAUUUGGCGAGUUAAAUGAAUCGAAUGUUUAUUGUAAACAACCACUGAUAUCACUAUUCCCCCGAGAUUAUGUAUUCGCUACAGGGGGGUACAAGGAGUACAACGUGAGUAUGAGUUCAGACAAACAUACAUGUGCUAUUUAAGGGAUAUGUGAGCUGCCUGGUGGCGAGGUUGUUAUUUCAGAUUACCACAACAUGACAGUGAAACUCCUGGACCAGGAGUACAGGGUUGUCGACCACUGUGAUGUCCCCAAGUAUCCAUUGGACGUGUGCCACAUUGGCGGGAAUGAGGUUGUCGUUUGUGUUAACAAGUUUGGUGUUAGACGUGAACUCCAUUUCAUUAACAUUACAAAAGGGAAACUUGUGACCACGCGAAAAUUAAGUUUCACCAAUAACUGUUACGGCGCAGCUUAUCACGGAAACAACCUUUACAUUUCCUCAUACACCGCGCUGUACGUCUAUACGAUGACGGGACAGCUUGUGAAAAAGCUGUACGAGGACAAGUCCGGUGAUUACACGGUGAGCAAAAUUGCCAUCAGUAACGACGGGAAGACUAUCUACAUCACAAACUACUCAAACGAUCAACUUAUCACCCUGGACAACCUCGGUAACAAGCUGGCCAUAUUCGCUGACUCGGACUUGAGGAAACCUAUCGGAGUACACGCGACAACGGCUGGACACGUGUUCGUCUGCUGCUUUGAGUCCGACACAGUGCUGCAGGUUGACAAGGACGGGAAGACGAAGUUGGCCACAUUGGCAAGGGAACAAGACGGAGUGUACAGACCUCAAGCUUUCUUCUUCAGCAGCCGUUCUUCCUCUCUGGUUGUCGGUAGAGAGAAAGACACGCUCCUGGUCCUUAAUGUACGAUAAAGAAUAGAUCCAAUUACAAGUGGCAAAAUAGAA